UUGUGUUUGCUUUACCCGCGCUAUAUGUCUUUCGUGUUUUCCUGUUUUCAUGGGUGCCUCCCGGUACUUUUCUGUUGUUGAAGCGGAACAUUGGGCAUUCGUGAUAAGCCAAUUUUUCACGCUAAUUUCAGGCUGUGUAAUGCAAAAAUGCAUACCACCAUGUACAGAAAAUUCCAAGCGCCGUCACCUUUUUGAGUUUCUCAGCGGAUUUUUGAUGAUGUACUUUGUCUAUGGAUCGUAAUUUCCUUCGACCGAUUUAAUCUUUUCAGUCUAGUCAUCCAUAUGUUUGCUCAAGCCAUACCGGCCUACUUGAUGAUGGUUUUUCUUCCAUCGUCUGUUGCUCAAUAUGGCAUUUUAAUCUUUUCAAUGGCAUAUUUAUCUUCAGUACAUAUUCACAGGUGUUUGUAUAACCCCCGACUCGAUAUCUCUGCGGCUCUGAUGGUGCAGACUCAAAAGCUGUCUUCUUUGGCUUUUAACAUCAAUGAUGGAGUAAAGUUGUCAAAGGAAGGAGUAGCUGACCAAGACUACCACAAGCUUCAUGCCGUUGAACGUCGACCUCGUCUUCUCCAGCUCGGUGGAUACUUAUUCUCAUUUCAUAACGUAAUGAUUGGCCCCUUCAGUUUUUUUGCUGAUUAUGUGAGAUUUAUUCAGGGUCAAGAAUCAGAUCAGCUCCUCGAUGAAACUGAUAAAAAGCGAUUCGAGGAUAACAAGGAGGUGAUACGUUCCGCUAAAGCAGAGAAAUGGAAACAGGCGAAACUUCUACUACUUCACGCUAUAUUAGUCUUAUGGUCCUUUCAUAGUUUUAAACCCGAGGAAUUUCUGUCUGAAAAUUUUGCAAAAAAGAAUUACUUUCAAAAAUUUAUUUACUUGUCAAUCGCUUGUUUUGGUUUUCGCCAAAAGUUCUAUUUUGCUUGGACUCUUAGUUGUCUAUCAAAUUUAGUCGCAGGUUUUGGAUUUUCUGGAUUUAAUAGUAAAGGCGAGCCAGAAUAUCGUCUGGCUACUAAUAUUUACUUUUUGCCUAUUGAGCUUGGUACAAGUACAAAAACAAUCUUAGAUUCUUGGAAUACAGCAACAACGCGUUGGUUACGUGAAUGUAUAUAUGAUCGUGUACCAAAACGUUAUGCUGUUUGGGCAGUUUUCGUUGCAUCAGCCAUGUGGCAUGGUUUCUAUCCAGGUUAUUAUCUAGUUUUUGUAUCUGCAGCUCUAAUCACAGUGACAGGAAGAGUUUGUCGAAAACAUCUUCGGCCGUAUUUUCUUCGUUCAUCCGGAUUACAUUGUUUCUAUAAUGUACUAACUAAUUUAGGCGCUAUGUUAUGCUUAAAUUAUUUGGGUGUACCGUUUUUUCUAUUGACUACUGAUAAAGUUUUGCAUUUUUGGAGACAAAUGCGCUUUAUUGGACAUAUUGGACCAUUGGCUUUAAUUAUUGGCCUUCCUUUAUUAUGUGGUAAACCAGGAGAAAUAUAAAAAUAUAUACUAAUGAUAAUAUGACAUAGAUUUUUAAAAAACAAAAAUAAAAUUUGUUAAUAAAUAUUUGUCAUAGAUUCACAAAUGUACUCGGUAAUAAUAGAGGAAAAGUAAGGAACAGUCGAUAUUGGCUGAUGAAUCAUAUUUUCCUUUCUUUUUUUUUUAAUGUUAUCAUUAUUGUUAUUAUUCCGUGUUUAUGAAGAACAAAUACAGGUUAUUUGUUUGUCUAUUAUUUGUAUUUUUGCUUAAAGCAAUUCUAUUUAAGUAUCAUCAUAUAUGUUACUUACUGUUAACGAUAAUAAUACAAUCUUCAAUACUAUUUAUUAUUAACAACAAAUACAAUAAGACCCUUCAAGUAUAUGAACACACACACAUACACACAUAUGCGUUUUGUCAGCCAAUAUUCUUCAUAUCAUAUAUAACGUUUACUAUUCUUAUUAGUAUUAUUAAUGGUGUUGUUAUUUUAUUAUUCCCAGCUUUUUACAACUAACCUCAAAAGUAUGUUUUCUUGUUUGGUUUUAUUUUUUUUUUUGUUUUUCAUUGUUCAUUGUCCAAAAUGUAUGUUUAUUAUUAUUAGUAUUAUUUUGUUACUACUUAUAUCUGUUUAUCUUUAAAUUGUAAAAGAGCAUAUAUAUGUAUGUGUUGUGUUUAUGUAUACAUUUAUCUCCCGAUAUUUAUGUACUAUUUUGUUAAAAAAAAAUUUUUUUUUGCUAGUGGUUAACACAUUACUAUUUGUUUACAAAACUGGCAUUUGAUAAGAUAAUAAAAUAAAUAGUAGUCUAUAUGUUUCAUAAUAAUUAUUCGCAUUAGAAUAAAAAAAGAAGAUGUGAUACAAUAUUUCUCAUGUUGAUCUAAUUAAUAAAUAGUGUAAUUUAAAACUGUGAUAUACUACUUAGAUAAUUAAAAUAACCUAUUGAAUAAAAAUAAAGAGAAUUCUUCAAUGAAGAAAUUUUUCUUUUCGACAUAAUCAUUUCCUUAAACUGUAUAUUCGUAUUUAUAGUUAUAUGGAAGAGACAUAAGUUUAUAGAAAGAUAUGAAAAGAUUGCAUCACAAAUUGAUUCGAGAUUCUUAUUAUCAGUAUAGGGUUGUGGAGAUUAUUAAGUUUUUAAUUGAGAUCUAAGAUCGUGGAUGCGCACUGCUGACGAGUCCCACAAUAGAACGAUACGGUUGUUCAGUGCUUCCAGAUUUUUAAUGGUGGUCUAACAUCAAUCGGUUCAUGAUCUCAAUCAAAAAACCUAAUAAUCUUCUCAACCCCUAUACUGAUAAUGCUACAGUUUAUUAAUUUUCAGUUACAAAUUACAUUUCGAUGUGUAUAAUAAUAAUAAUAAUAGUAACUAUCAUUAUUAUUGUUAUUGUUAUUAUCCGAUUAUAUUUUCAAC